AUGGCCGAGCGCCGCCUUCACGUCUAUGUGCCCGGCGCCCACCGCUCCGCCGUCGCCAUGCUCCUGCGUUUCGGCGACGAGGCGCAGCAGCGCACGUUGCACCGGAUGUUGGCGUGUCGCGACGCGAGCCACACACCCGUGCAGCUGCUGCAGCAUCUCGCAAACAACACCGACGCGACGGCGCCUUCCUCACUGCGCAUGCUCUUUCUUAGGCGGGCUGAUUUGGCCGCUGACCGGUGGAGUGGAAGCGUGACGUUCCCCGGCGGCCCCCGCGACGACGACGAGGACGCGGACGACUUCCACACCGUUUGCCGCGAGGUGCACCGGAUGCUCGGCAUUCCUCUGCGGACCCACGAGUUUAUUCUCCUCGGACGCCUCCGCGAUUACCCCCUCCGUAGCCGUCACAUGGGCGUAACGUGUGCGGUGCAGUCUCGCUUCGUCUUUUUGCAUACUGGGGAGCUGACGCCGACGGUGCAGUUUGCGCCUCACGAGGUGGGCGCGGUGCAGUGGUUGCCUAUUGAUGCUCUUACAGUGGCUCGCGUGGACGAGGGUCGGGUUUGCCACCCGAUUAGUUGUUUCGUGCACGCAUCAGACGCGGACUCACGGUUACUACUCACAGAGGUGUUUCCACACGCCUAUUUGGCAUUCCCAAGUGUGCAGCUGCACGGGCAAUGGCGGGUGUGGGGGCUGGCGCUGCGAUCCGCGAGCGAGCUCAUAUCACUCGACGGUAGACCACCUAUCGACUGGCCACUGGUGUCAUCAAACAACUUGCUGCUGCAGCACGGCGUCAUCGAUGCCUUGCACGGUUACUACGAGGUCCUCUACGCGUGGCACCGAGUGAAGGCGCGGCUGCGUCUGGGCGGCGCGAAGGGCUGCACAAGGUGUAGCAUACUUCAGUUAGACGCGGAUCCAUUCUUGUGGGCGGUGCCGGAUCGUGCGGAGCCGCGCCAUGUGUUCUUUCUUUGUCUCGACACAGCAUUGGUGGUGCUGGCUGUUUAUUGCGUUGCAGCUGCCAUCUUCGCUGUGUGCGUCCUCGUUCGUAUGGCACUUGGCUGGACUGACGUGGAUGGGUCACAGGAACGGCUGCGUGCGUACCACGCAACGUACACAUCUGCCGGUGCCGAACGCGAGCACUGGCGACGGCUGAAAGAAGAGGAAAUGAAACCAGGAACGGGGCCUCCCCUACAGCAAACCGCUGCAGCGUGCCCGGCCCUGCCGCCCGGGCUGGACGCAAAAACGCCUCCAGAAGCGGAAGCAGAAGCAGAAGAGGUGGAGGAGCAGAGGGAUGGCAGUUGGAGCGCGACAUCUGCGAUAACUGAUGACAUGAACAGCCACACAGACAACUCGGGCGCUGACGGAGAGGACGGUCCACAUCUUGUUGCCGUGCCGAACCCUGACGACUGGAAUGCAUUCCGGGAGACUGUGAGGCGGUGGGCGGAAGAGUCUGACUCUGUUGCUUCCGUUCAGACUUCUUCCUCUGAACAGGACGGCCAUCACGACGGUGAUACGAGUGCUGCGGAGAGAGGGGGUUGA